AUGACGAAGCAAGUGAUGACGAUCCAGAGGCGGUGUGGAUAUACCGCGGACGCCUAUACUUUCUACCCCGUUCUCAUCAUCGGGGCAGGCGAGUCCGGAAUUGCAACGGGAUGUAGAUUGAAAGAAGCGCUUGGAUUUGACCAAUUCCGCAUCUUUGACAGACAGUCGGGAAUUGGUGGGACUUGGUGGAUCAACCGGUAUCCAGGAGUUGCUUGCGAUAUGAAAAAGGACUGGACUGCAUUUUACCCAUCCGGCCAAGAGAUCGCAGAGUAUCUGGUUUGCGUCUGUCAGAAAUUCCAGAUCGUAGACAAGAUACAGCUCAAUACAGAAGUUAGAGAAUUGCGCUGGCUUGCGGAUGCGGAAGAGUGGCAAGUCACGCUGUCCCACCUGGUCCCCGGUGCUGGGGAUUUGUCUCAGCAUGAACGAGGUUGCAGAGUAGCAGCGAACGGCGAGGGCAGUGUCUAUGUGUCAACGGAAAUCAUCCGCGCAAAGAUCGUAGUCAGUGGCGCAGGGGGUCUCGUUGAGCCGAGAGCGUGGCCAGAAGAGAUACCAGGAAUAGAGAAUUUCGAAGGAGAUGUCAUCCACACUGCCAGGUGGAGCGAACAGGCUGAUCUGAAGGCGAAGGAUGUGAUUGUGAUCGGUUCCGGCUGCAGCGCCGCGCAGGUGGUUCCAGAAUUGAUAUCCUCACGUAUCGAUGCCAAAUCGGUAACCCAACUGAUGCGCACGCCUCCAUGGGUUCAACCAGAUUUGAUUCCGCAGAUAUUACUGCCGACGUGGGAACGGUAUUCCCCGGCGCUGAUGCGCAAUGUACCUGGACUUGCCCAUCUUCUCAGAGCCGUCAUAUUUUGGGUCGCAGAGUUAGACUUCUUCCAGAUGUUCUUGGAGAACGGUUUCGCCCACCGUCGACGGGCAGCGAUUGAGAAGCAGUUCACGAAUAACAUGCGGGCUAACACGCCUGUUAAAUACCACGACAUCUUGGCUCCCAAGUACAGUCUAGGCUGUAAGCGCCGCAUUAUAAGCAACGACUGGUACCGAAGCCUACAAUCCUCAAAGGUUGAACUAACGACGUUACCACUCAUCAGCGUUCAGUCGAAGAGCGUUACCCUCGGUCCCCGGGAGCAGAGUCGACCACCACACCAGACCAACGGUAAUGUGCAGAUAGGCGAAGUGAGGCAGGUACCAGCAGAUGCCAUCAUCCUCGCGAACGGAUAUCAGUCAAACAAGUUCCUUCACCCACUUCAAGUGAUAGGUAAAAAUAGCAAACCCCUCCAAGAGAUUUGGGACGAGCGAGGCGGAGCACAGGCCUAUUUAGGAAUUGCUAUGGACCAAUUCCCCAAUUUCUUCAUGAUUUUUGGGCCUAAUAUGUCUACCGGACAUUCCAGUGUGAUAUUCGCGUCGGAGAACGCAAUCAACUACUCCCUGAAAUUUAUAAAACCGAUAUUAGACGGGCACAUUAGCACAUACGAGGUGACCGAGGAAGCUGAGCGGAAUUGGACAAGCAAGAUUCAGAAUGCGCUUCAGAAAACCGUCUUUAAACGGGGUGGGUGUCUGAGCUGGUAUGAGACUGAAGGGGGUUGGAACAGUUCCACCUAUCCAUUCUCCCAGAUUGACUUUUAUCUGAGGUGCACGUUCCCCGUGUGGCGGCACUGGACAGCAAAGUACACCCCAAAGGGCUUGCGAAUGCGACGGUUCCGAACGGCAUUCAAGCGCCUCAUCCUGGCAUUGAUACUCACUGGCCUCGUGCAUGUAGGAGUGGACAUUCGUCAGCAAGGAGCCGGGAGCUGGAGGAGAACGAUCAACGCUGCUGGGAACAUGGUAGAAUGGGCGUUUCAACGCUCUUCACGAUGGAUACAGCACACGUAG